AUGAGCCAGGCCUCGCUGCCUCCAGUGCCACCCCUGGCGAGCCAAGCCUCGCUCAGGAGGCGCAGCAAGGCGGAGAUUGCGGAGCAGCUGCUGGCCAACUUGAGAGCACGAGGGAUGGAUGUGGACUCCCCCGGCUUUGCGGCGGACCUGCGUGCACAUUUCGAGGGGCUGCCCUCCAGGUACGCGCUGGACGUGAACAUCAGCAGCCUGGACGUGCUGAACCACAAGCGGCUGCUCGACAGCGCCCGCGCCGACCCGUCGGCCGUCUCCUUCCAGCUUCGCCCUGUGGACGUGGUCAGUGGGAGUGAUUUAGCCAAGCGCCCCUCUUUCGGCAGCCUGGACACGCUCCAAUACCAGCACGAGCUGCUGCAGGCAGUUUCUAGCAACUACUCUCCGCAUAAGCUGGCUGGGGGGCGGCCGCUGCCACGGCCGGCGUUUGGCUCAUCGCCCAACCUGCAGGCGCUGGUGCUCGAGGCAGAGGAGAAGCUAGAGGCACAGGCGGGCGGCGAGCGCUCAUCGCUGGCAGCGCAGGCCACCACCUUUUACGAGGUCACCAUAGCAUCCAUAGACCAGCCCAAGCUACUCAGCCGGCUUUCAGAGUCACUGGGCGACCUGGGGCUGAACAUUUGCGAGGCGCAUGCCUUCAACACAAAGGACCGCUUCAGCCUGGACGUGUUUGUGGUCAAUGGCUGGGCAGGGGGCGGCACAGAAGAGCUGGAAGACGUGCUGAGCCGGCGGCUGCAGGAGCUGCCGCCGCCUGUGGUGCGCGGCGCCAGUGCCAGCCCACCCGCUUCAGCGCAAGAGGUAGAGCUGCGUGUGCCACAGGAUGAGCUCGACGCGUUGGCAAAGCAAGCCAGCACCAGCGCGAGCGACAAUGACUGGGAGCUGGAUCCUAAUGAGAUUAUCUUCCACGAGAAGAUUGCCAGCGGUGCAUUUGGGGACCUCUUCCGCGGCUCCUACUGCGGCCAGGACGUGGCCAUCAAGAUCCUGCGCAACGAGGUUGCAAUCAUGCGCAAGGUGCGGCACAAGAACAUUGUGCAGUUCAUUGGCGCAUGCACGCAGAAGCCCAAUCUGUGCAUCGUGUUUGAGUUUAUGUCGGGCGGCUCGGUGUAUGACUACAUUCGCAAGGCUGGACCCCUGCGUGUGGGGGCGGUGCUGAAGAUAGCCGUGGAAGUGUGCCGUGGCAUGGACUACCUGCACAAGCGCAAGAUUGUGCACCGUGACCUCAAGGCUGCCAACUUACUGCUGGAUGAGACGGGAACCGUCAAGAUUGCAGACUUUGGGGUGGCACGUGUGAUGGACCACACCGGGAUCAUGACCGCCGAGACAGGCACCUACAGGUGGAUGGCGCCAGAGGUGAUUGAGCACAACCCGUACAAGGAGAAGGCGGAUGUGUUCAGCUUUGGCAUCGUGCUUUGGGAGCUGCUGACGGCGCGCAUACCCUACAGCGAUAUGACGCCUCUACAGGCGGCAGUGGGUGUGGUGCAAAAGGGGCUGCGCCCCCCCAUCCCCCCAAACUGCCCGCCGCCGCUGUCUGACAUCAUGCGCCUGUGCUGGCAGCGUGACCCCAACGUGCGGCCAUCGUUUGAGCAGCUCAAGGUGAAGACUGAGGAGCUGCUGGAGGUGUACCGCCAGCAGGAUGGCGCAGGUGGCGUCAGGAAGGCCUCGACAACCGGCGGGGGCGGCGGCGGUGCGGGCGGCGGCCUCUUGGCGCGCCUCAGGUCUGGUGGCGGCAGCAGCUCCAUGCGCAAAUGA